AUGCUGCGAUGUCUUCUGCUGUGCCUCGCUGCGAAUGCCGCGGCUGCGAUGAGCAUCGGCGCUGCGAGCAUCGGCGCUGAGAGCAGCCGGCGCAUGCUGCUGCUGCACGGGUCCGGCACGAGCGCGGGCGCGUUUGUAAACUCGCCGACCGCCUCUGGCGCAAAGAGGUUUCUCGCCGGCGUGCCGCGCCGCGCUGAUGCCGGCGCCUCCAUCCCUCCCAACUGGCAGUACCACGCCCUCGACGCGGGCACAGACGACGGCAGCUGGUGGACGGGUGACGACGGGAAGGGCCUCGAGAAGUCGGUCGCCUCUGUGGAACGAGCGCUCGUCGAGCAGGCUGCGGUGGGGAUCGUAGGGCACGAACAGGGGGCGACCUUGGCCGCGAUUGUCGCCGCACGCUCUGCGCUGGGCGAAGGGCCGCGGAUCAAAUUUGCGGUCCUCUGCGGCGCUGCCAUGCCGCCACCGCCUCAUGCGGCGCUGCUGCACCGGCUGAGAGACGACUCGGCGGCGGGCGCUGUGCAGACGCUGCACUGCAUCAGCCCCACCGACUCGGACUCGGCGGCUGUGGCAGCCUGCUUUGGUCAGGAGGCGGAGACGCUCUUCCACGAUGGUGGCGGCGCAAUGCCGGGUCCAGGCUGGUGGGAGGAGACGAGAGGCUACCCUGAGCGCGUGACGGGCGGCCGGUUCUGGUGCACGCAGGUCGGCCCCGCUCGCUACUAUGCCACAGGCAACAUGGUGAUGUAG